AUGAUUAAUGAUUUUGCAACUGUUGAUGAUCGAGGAAAGUUAUUUCAGAUUGAAAAUUAUAAAAAAGGUACACGUGUAUGGUUAAGAGAUCCAGAAAAGGUAUGGAUAGAUGGCGAAUUAUUGGAUGAUCUCAAAUUUACUUUACGAAAUAAGAUACGACUACAAGAUGGACAAGUCAUCGAAUUUGACCUUGUAGAGACGGAAAAACUUCCAUUCUUGUGUAAUCCCGAUAUCUUACUUGGUUGCGAUGAUUUGACAACAUUAAGUUAUCUGCACGAACCUGCCGUUCUCAAUCAUCUUAAUUUUCGAUUUGUUAGACGAGAAGCAAUCUACACUUAUUGUGGUAUUGUUUUAGUAGCUAUUAAUCCGUAUACGAAUUGCUCUCAGCUCUACGGGGAUGAUGUCAUACAGGUAUACCGCGGUGUUGGUAAACAAGUUCGAGAGCUUGAUCCUCAUAUUUAUGCUGUUGCGGAGGAAGCAUUUUUCGAUCUGUCUAAAUUCGACAAAGAUCAAUCUGUGAUCGUUAGCGGUGAAUCUGGUGCUGGCAAAACAGUUUCUGCUAAGUUUGUUAUGAGGUACCUAACAUCGGUGGCAUGUUCUUCAUCGAGUAAAUCAUAUGGUAAUAAACAGGUAGAUGGCAUUGAAGAUCGCGUUCUGGCAUCAAAUCCAAUUAUGGAAGCAGUCGGAAAUGCAAAGACAAUCCGGAACGACAAUUCAUCUCGCUUUGGAAAAUACAUACAAAUUGAUUUCAAUGAUCGUUUCGGUAUUGGUGGUGCUGAAUUGAAAACUUAUUUGUUGGAAAAAAGUCGUGUUGUAUUUCAGGCAGACAACGAACGCAACUACCAUAUUUUUUACCAGAUUUGCGCAUCAAGAUCUCAUGCUCUUGUGGAAGAUCUCGAACUAGAUAAUUGGAGUUCGUAUUUUUAUACGUCUCAAGGAAACAGCGGUGAAGUAGAAACAAUCGAUGAUCGAAGUGAUUUCCUACAAACGCUGGCUGCAUUCGAUCUUUUUCACAUCUCAACUGAUGCCCAGAAAUCGGUACUUCGUUUCUUUGCAGGCCUCCUUUUAUUUGGCAAUAUCAGAUUCGUUGAUGGACGUGAUGAAUAUGCAAAAAUUGAUCAAAAUAGUUCGAAUGCAAUCAAUCAACUAUGUGAGAAGAUGUAUGAAGUAAACAAAGACGAUUUAUGUAUGUGGUUAAUUGCUCGCGAAAUUGUUGCUGGCGGAGAAUCCGUUCGAAAACCAUUAACCACUGCUGAAGCAGUGGAACGUCGAGAUGCGCUGGUUAAAAUGCUUUAUGCCGCAGCAUUUGCUUGGAUUGUUAAAAAAGUAAAUGAAGCUUUGGGAGAACCAAUAAAAAGCAGCAAAUCAAAGAACACUGGAAGAUUUAUAGGUGUUCUCGAUAUCUAUGGGUUUGAAACUUUAGAAGUCAAUAGUUUCGAACAGUUCUGCAUUAAUUAUGCAAAUGAAAAGCUUCAGCAACAAUUUUGUCAGCAUGUAUUCAAACUUGAACAGUUGGAAUACGAACGGGAAGAAAUUGAUUGGACGCGGAUUGAUUUUUACGAUAAUCAGCCAUGUAUCGAUUUGAUAGAGGGCAGACCCGGCAUCAUCGAUUGCCUUGAUGAGCAGUGUAAGAUGGGUCAAGGAGGUGAUCACGAUUGGUUGGAGAAGUUACGAACAUGUGAAUGGCUCAAAAAAGCGCAGCAUUUUAAGUUACCGAAAAUAAAAAAUCCAACAUUUGUGAUCAAACAUUUUGCUGCCGAUGUUAUUUACAAUGUCGACGGUUUCAUGGCUAAGAAUAAAGAUACAGUAAGCGAACAGCUGAUGUCUGUUAUGAAGAAUAGCAAGUUCUAUUUAAUGCAUGAAAUACUGGAUGCUGAAAGCGGCAAGAAAUCAUUAGAAGGUAGAAAUAACUUUCUUAUAUCCAACACUAAAAAUUCAAUAAAGAAAUCUGUCUCCUUCCAGUUUCGAGAUUCACUACGUGAACUAAUAACAGUGCUUAGCAGCACACGACCACACUAUGUGCGUUGCAUCAAGCCGAAUGAUGAGAAGUUACCGUUUACAUUCAAACCUAAACGGGCCAUUCAACAGUUGCGAGCUUGCGGAAUUCUGGAAACAGUGCGUAUAUCUGCCGCGGGUUAUCCUUCUAGGUGGAUGUAUGAAGAUUUUUCGCGAAGAUACCGCAUCCUCUAUCCCAAAAAAAAAUUAUGGCUUGAAGAGCCAAAAAUUUUUGCAGAAAAAGCAUGUAGUAAAUAUCUUGAGAGUAAAAUGUAUGCCUUGGGUAAAACAAAGAUAUUCUUUCGAACUGGACAGGUAGCCCUGUUAGAGAGAGUACUACAUCAAAAAUUAACAAAUUCAACUGUUAUGAUCCAGAAGAUUUGGAAAGGCUACAUCUCUCGAAAAAAGUACCGAUAUAUCAAAGAAUCGCUUUUAAAAAUUCAGGUUUAUACGCGUGCAUUCUUAGCGUACAGGCGCAUGAAAUAUCUUCAAAUGUAUCGUGCUACAGUUUGCAUACAAACUGCGUUUCGUCGUUACGCAGCGCAGCGUCGUUAUAGCUUACUAAAAGCAGUCAUUAUCAUGAUACAGACCCUUUAUCGAGCAUCGGUAUUACGUCAAAAGAUGGAAAAGUUGCGGCGCGAACAAAAAGCGAUCGUAAUUCAAAAGUAUUGGCGUGGCUGGUUAGUGAGGCGUAAUCAGAUCGAGCACAAUAAAAAGAUUGUCAUGAUACAAUGUCAGGUACGGCAAUGGCUUGCAAGGAGACGCCUACGUGAAUUGAAGAUCGAGGCUCGGUCUGUUGGACAUCUGCAGAAGCUAAAUAAAGGCCUUGAAAACAAGAUCAUUUCAUUGCAGCAGAAACUCGACUUUAUGACUGCAGAAAAUGGUCGAUUGUGGACAAUUUCGGCAGAAGCUGAUAAAAUGCGAGCAGAAAUGGCAAAGUUAGAGACACAAAGAUGUGUACUUUUGGCUACUAAGGCGCAUGCAGAAGAUUUGGAAGCAAAAGUGAAAUUGCUGGAAGCUAUUCGAAAAGAAGAAGCGGCAAAGAACAUUAAAUUGGAGGAGGAACUGCAAAAUACGAAGGAUGGGUUGAAAAUGGAAUGCGAAGAAGCAGCUGCUAAGCUAAAUGCUUUGAAUAUCGAGUUGUCAAGCCUUCGUACCCGCUACAACAAUUUAACAAAGCAAAAGAAACUGGUGGAUUCCGAGCUGGCCAAAGAGAGAAAUCGUUGCCUGGCGUCGGAAAAGGAAAUAGCAAAAAUGCGUGAACAGUUGCUUGCAAAUGCAAAUCUUCUGGCUAGUCCAGCGUUAAGUCGAACUGGAAGUGUGCGGCUCACUCAAAAAAGUUUGAAUCAGUCGGCUCUGAUUGCUGUUACAAAUGGUAAAAUAGUUACUGAUGAUGCAGCUGAUAAUGAGAUAGAUGAAAUGGUCCUUAUACUCAAGCAGCAACAUGUUAUUAAUGUGCUUCGCUCCAAAAUGGAGCAAAUCUCAAGAGAAAAUGAUCAUUUGAAACUAAUAAUGGAUGCAAAUAUGCUGAUCGAAAAUUUGGAUAAGCAGACUACUAUGAGAGUUUUUGAAGCGCAGCAACUACAGGAGCUCGAGUUAGCUUAUACAAAGCUUAAAGAUGAAAUGGGACGAUUACUUGAAGAGAAACUACGAAAUGGCCCUGAAGCAGUCAAUUUUCGAUCAUUUGUUGAAAAAAUAUUGGAAGAAAAUGAUAGGCGUCGAGAAGAAGCUGCUGAAUUACGAGCCAUAUUGGCUGCACGAUUCGAACAGCGAGCUCAAGCUUCAAAUUCAUCACAUCCAGAUAGUGAUCACUGGUCUGGUAUACAGAGCGAUGAUGGCUCCUGUAACGACUUAGAUGAAGAAUUGAACUUGGGAAGGCAAUGUCGACAAUUCAAAUCACAUAUACAGAAUGCGGAAAUUGAGCGAUUGGAACAUCGUUUGAAUGAAUUGGCAGCUUCGAAGGUAAAUGAUUGUUUUGGAUAA